AUGCGGAAAGUCAAAAGAACAUUUCCGCGCUAUGAACUUGCCUUCUGGGCCGUCGUUGUGGCGGCCGCGAUGCGGUGCAACUUCUACUACAUUGUCACUUUGCUCAGCUUCUGUGCAACCCGUAUGUACUGGGUGUUGUGGCCGUUGGCACGUGUCCCGGUACUGCCAUGGCUGGUUUUGGUCUUCUUAUCGAUCUGGUGUCUCUUCCUUACCCCGGCUCACGUGGUCACUUUCACUCCUUUGGAUCUUUGGACUCCAUACUCGAUACAUACGCCAUUGAAUCCCAUUGAGGUAGUGCAUGAUCCGGGUAAAAAUGCGGUUGUUGAUGUCUUCGCAAUCCAUGGGCUUGGAUCAAACCCUGACAGUGCAUGGACAUACAAGGAGAAUGCAACAGAGAUACGUUGGUUGAAAGAUCUUUUGCCAAAGGAGCAGGGAAUAUCCAAUACCAGAGUAGUGAUGGUAAAUCACCGAACUCAUUGGGACGCAAAUACUGUCGAUGCAAGCUUCGAAGACCACGCGGAAAUGAUCCUCAACGAGGUCGAGAGUGUCCACAAGAGUGACCCGCAACGGCCAAUUAUCUUCAUAGCACAUAGCUUUGGCGGGCUGCUUUUGAAGCAGACUCUCCUUCUUGCAAAGCUGCGUUCCAGUCCGAUUGCCGCAAUGACAAGAGGUAUUCUUUUUCUUGGGGUCCCUCAUAGCGGCACUAAAGCAACAUUCCUCGCAUCUCUUCUGUCUUGUACAACGUAUUGGCGCGGCUCUUCUACAUCCUUGCUUGAGUAUAUGGCUCCUGACUCAGAACACAUCAAAGAUCUCGAGAAGAAGUUCUAUAAUGUCUAUGCUCAUCCCCACUCGAGUCAACCCCUUCUGCCGUACAUAUGCGAUUUCCAGGAGAUGCGAUCGGAGAAAAUCGGAAGACUUUCCCUAGCACCGCGAAAUCAGACAGUUGACCGAAACUCCGGGAGAUCUUCUCAUGGAGACGUUGUACAGCUUGACACGGACCAUCGGGGGUUGAACAAGUUCAGAUCGCCUCAAGACCCGAACUUUCGGCGCUUCUUAAGGCAUUUCAUCAUGGCAUUCGAGACUGCAACAAGUGUGGCUCGAUUUUCAAAAAAGCUCGGGCACAAUCAUGGGACCAAGGGGGUCUCUGCUGACCCAGGUGCCGAUUUGAAAGAAUAUGACAUCCCUUUCCAGUUGGAUUUCUUCAGAAAUGACAAAUUUACUGGACGAACCGAUGUCCUCGAUCGCGUACAUGAAUCCUUGAGUCGUCGUCACGAAGACCACCGUCAGCCGAAUUUUGUUGUUCUCCAGGGAAUGGGGGGAGUAGGUAAGACUGAGCUGGCUGUCGAGUAUGCGCAUUUGCAUCAGGAAAGCUAUAGCUCUGUUUUUUGGGUUGAUUGCUCAACAGAGAACUCAGUGCACCUCAGCUUUGUACGGAUCGCAAGUCGAAUCUUAAGACAUUAUGCGGGGAAGACAGCCGAACCGGCGACUCACAACGCUUUCGCUGCAAGGCUCGGGUUGAAGGGGCUGGUCGAUGAGAAAGGCUUCAGUUCAACCCUGGACGAACAUGCCCUAGACGUUGUGGAAGCAAUGAGAAACUGGUUUGCAGAAAGUCUCAACAGAGAAUGGCUACUUAUUUUUGACAACCUUGACGAUCUGGACGCGUUCAAUAUCAUGGACUAUGUUCCAAGAGCCGCGUGGGGUAGCAUUCUGAUAACCAGUCGCCGACGAGAAUUCUUAAGCUACGGAACCGCCAUCGAAAUUUCGGAAAUGAGCCCCGAGGAAGGCUUGAAAUUCCUAACGAGCAUCGCAAGGUUCGGUCGGGAUCUCAACCCUGAUGAGCAACAACUAGCGUUAAAGCUAUUGCAGUCACUUGGAUACUUCCCUCUAGCCAUUGAACAAGCUGGGGCAUAUAUUUCGCAACGCAUUUCUGACGACCCUGAGUCCUACUCACACGCUCUGGCAAAUUACCUCGACUCAUAUGAAAGAAAUGCCAAGAUGCUCCUACGAUAUAGGCGGUUCUCUGGGGUCUGGAGCAACCGGAAUGAUUCCGCGUUGACAACAUGGGAGGUUUCGUUCAAUGCGAUCAAACAAGAGAGCUCAGAGGCAUCCGAUCUACUUCAACUGUGUGGAUUUCUUGCCAACAGUGACAUUUUUGAAGAAAUGUUCCGUCUUGGCCUCCAACUGCCUGCCAAUGUAACCUUCAGAAGUGCACAUGACGCGUUCUCCAUUCAUCCUCUGGUCCAGCUUUGGGUUCGAGAGCGUGUGACAUUGGACGUUCAGCAGCGGUUAGCAAACGACGCUUUCCAACUGGUUGCUCGCAGCCUACGUCUCAAAAAUGAAGAGAAAUCUAGGGACUACACGGCAUUUGAAAGGCGCAUCAUUCCCCAUCUUGAUAAUGUUGUGGACAACAUGCGAAGAUUCCUGAGCUCCUUCACAACAGAAGUAAGCAUCCGACCGCCUUCAAAUCCCAUCCGGCAAAGCCCACUGUCUCUUUUCUAUGAUACUAUUGAAGGGUGGUAUCUAUGGGUCUGGGGAGCUAUGACCGAUAUCUCAAUUUUCGGUCAUGGCUUUUUCCUUUCAGAUAUUGAGUCUUCAAGUGAGAAAUGGCAGCUGGCGUACAAGCUUGGAUCUACAUACCGAAAUCAGUUCCUCCACCAAAGCUCAGAGAGAGUCUACGGAUGGGCAUUCACCGAGGCCCGCAAACAGUUACACCAAAAACAUCCAAAAACCCUGGAGAUUGCAGGCGAUUUGGCUUGGUCAAUACAUUUGCAGGGGCGAUACCAUGAGGCUUGGGACUGGUACAGCUGGCUUCUUGCUUCCCGAAAGAAAGUCCUCGGCAAAGACCAUCCUUCAACACUUGGUGCUACCAAAGGUCUAGGCUCUGUAUCAGAACACACAGGAAAUUCCGAACAGGCCCUUCAGUUGUUUUUCGAAGCUUUUGCUGGGCGUCAGAAGAGGCUGGGGCGAAAUGACAUCUUGACGAUACAUGUCAUGCAAGAUAUUGCAGGGGUCUUUCGAUCUCGAGGAAACUACAGCGAGGCUUUGAGAUGGUAUGAGCAAAUCCUUUCUGGGCAACAAGAGACGCUUGGUGCCACGCAUACGGAUACGCUCAAGACAAUUCACAACAUUGGCGUCGUUUCUUGGUACCAAGGGAAAAGCAAGGAGGCGUUGAGAUGGCAUGAGCAAGGCCUUUCUGGAGAACAACAAACACUUGGAGAGAAACACGCAGACACACUGGACACUAUUCACAAGAUUGGCCGCAUCCUGCUUCACCAAGAGGCAUACACGGAAGCGUUGAUAUGGUAUAAACGAGCCCUUCCAGGGGAGCAAGAAAUUCUCGGCGACAAGCACCAGACCACACUAGAGACAAUUUACAAUAUUGCAGUUGUCUUUGAGGUGCAAGAAAACUACGAGGAAGCAUUGGUGUGGUAUAAACGGGCCCUUGCUGGAGAACAAGAAAUGUUUGGGGAGACAAAUUAUUAUACGCUCCAGACAGUUUCCAAAAUUGCCGUCGUGCUUGGGAAUCAAGGAAAGUAUGAGGAAGCAAUGGAAUGGCAUGAGCGAGCCCUUGCCGGACAACAGCAAACGCUUGGAGAAAAACAUGAAGAUACGCUGGACACUAUUCACGACAUUGGCCGCAUCUUUCAUGAUCAAAGAAAGUACAAGGAGGCACUAAAAUGGUAUAGACGAGCCCUCGCUGGACAAAACCAAACGGUUGGAGAGAAGCACCAAGACACGCUAUUGACAAUUUACAACAUCGGUCGGGUCUUCCAUGACCAACGAGAGUAUGAGGAGGCAUUGAGAUGGUAUGAGCGAUGCCUUUCCGGGGAACAGGAGACGCUUGGAGAGAUACACGAGUUUACAUUGAUCACAAUUCACGAGAUUGGCGCCGUCUUUCAGGGCCAAGGACAGUACGAAGAGGCAUUGAGGUGGUAUGAGCGAGCACUUGCUGGGCGACAAUUAACACUUGGAGAAAGACAUCGAGCCACAUAUAAGACUCUUCAUAGCAUUCGCCUCAUUCGCCUGGGCGGUGGUGGUGGAUCAGAUUUACACCAGAUUUAA